AUGGACAGCCCGGAUCAAGAACCUUUCUCGCCCGCGCCUGCCAUCGAGGAACAGGCAGUGCAGUCACCUCAGUCUGGGUUAAACAGCGCCGCCGAUGGGACUGACCUCUCCACUGCACAUCUGACGCAGCCACAGAGUGCAUCAGAGGCGGACACUUUCGAUACUUCAGGCGAUGCGAUACUAUCUCCAAGUCAGUCUACGCCGCAAGCGCUCCUGCCAAAUACUGUCAACCAUCUCUCCGCCCCAGGCGCGGCAUCAAACCAAGCACAAUCUUCCGCCUCCACCCCCGCGCAGACCAAACCACGUAUCGUCGGCGGCUUUGAAGUUGAUGAUGACCCCGAAGAUGAAGAAGGGACCCCGGAUGGAAAUGACGAGGUUGAUGUCUACGAUCCAGCCGACGGCUUGGAUUUCGAUGUCUCUACACCUGCCCCUGCAAACCCGUUUGAUAGAACUUCCCAGUCACCAGAACAAGAAAUUGGAACCACUCCUGCUCCUGUCCAGGCAACUGGUAGUCCCACUGACAUUUCUUCUUCCAAUCUCCCCGCGGGUGUUGACGCACCACGUACUGCAACUGCCACACCUGCGCAAACUGCUGCUUCUGAUGUUCCACCUCGGCCUGAUCUGCCUCGCUCUCCUGUGAAUGGUGAUGCUGUUGUUCCAGGCUUGCCCAAGUCUCGACUAGCUCAUGACGUGGUUGGUAUCUUGGAAGAUCGCAUCAAAGACGACCCACGUGGAGACAUUGACGCAUAUCUUGAGCUGAUCCAGGAGCUCAAGAGCCGAAACAAACAAGAUGAAGUCCGCCGGGUGUACGAGCAGUAUCUCUCAGUCUUCCCCUAUGCCGCGGAACAAUGGUGUGCUUACGUCAAGUGGGAGGAAGAGCAUGACAGGAUGCGAGCCAUGGAGACCCUCUUCAAUCGAUCACUCCUCGAGGUUCUUGACGUGCAACUGUGGUCCCUGUACAUCAACUACGUCCGUCGCCGCAAUAGUAUGCAGUCCGGAGACAUUGCCCGAUCCUACAACAUCAUCAAUGACGCCUUCAGCUUUGCCCUCAAAACCAUCGGCAUGGACAAGGAUUCCGGGAGCUUAUGGCAAGACUACAUCAACUUCUUGAAGACCGGUCCCGGAACUGUGGGCGGCACAGGCUGGCAGGAUGGCGCCAAAGUCGAUACUCUGCGAGAAGCAUACCAGAAAGCGAUUGCCGUACCUACCGCAGCGACCACCUCAUUAUGGAAGGAAUACGAUGCCUUCGAAACGGGCCUGAGCAAAAUCAACGGCCGGAAAUAUCUCCAGGAGAAAUCCCCAGUCUACAUGACUGCUAGAACAGCGUAUACGCAACUGCAGAAUCUGACCAGAGAUCUGAAGCGGACCUCGAGGCCACGAUUGCCGCCAGCUCCAGGAUUCGCGGGCUACGACGAAUACAUGAAGCAGGUCGCUCUCUGGAAACAGUGGGUAGAGUGGGAAAAGGAGGACAAUCUCGUCCUCAAAGACGAGGACCCUGCGCUGUUGAACAGCCGCAUUCUAUUCACCUACAAACAAGCUCUGAUGGCCCUCCAGUUCUGGCCAGAAAUGUGGUACGAUGCCGUCGAGUUCUGUAUUGCCAACGGCCUGGAGAGCGACGGUAGCAAGCUGCUGAAUCAAGGCAUUGCAUCCAAUCCUGAAGCGCCCCUCCUCGCCUUCAAACUCGCAGAUCGCAUCGAGUCAUCGACACAGAAUGAUGAAGGAAAUGAUCCCGGUGCCAAAGAGAGAAUGAAGAAGAUACGAGAGCCGUACGACAAAGUCCUGGAUGCUCUGUACGAUCUGAUCAAGAAGGUCUCUCUGCGGGAAAAGGAAGAUAUCCAGGAAGCAGAGCUAGCCGCCACCACCACCAAUGGAGACGGGAACGGCUAUGGUGAAGACGAAAUCAACGCCGCCAAUGUCACUGCGAAGAAGGCCGUGCUCGACAACCAAAUCGAAAACAUCAAGAAGGCCGCUCAGGCGCAGACAAACAUGCUCAGUCGCAUGAUCUCCCACGUGUGGAUUGCUUUGAUGCGCGCAACCCGGAGAGUGCAGGGGAAAGGGCUCCCUACCGACCGCGGUCCUAGUGGGUUCCGCACGGUGUUUGGAGAGGCGCGCAAGCGAGGCAAACUCACCAGCGACUUCUACGUGGAAUCGGCGCGGAUAGAAUGGCAGUGCUACCGGGAUCCGACCGGGACCAAGAUCUUGGACCGAGGCAUGAAGCUUUUCCCUGAGGAUGACUACCUUCCCUUGCAAUAUAUCAAGCAUCUGUUCGAGAUCAACGAUGUCACCAAUGCACGGGCCGUGUUUGAGACAACAGUCAAGCGACUCCUCGCUCAUGAGAAUCCAGAGUACACUGCCAAAGCCAAACCAUUGUUUGCCUACCUGCAUGACUAUGAGUCCAAAUAUGGAGAACUGGCCCAGCUCCAGGCCCUCGAGGAGAGGAUGAGGAAACACUUCCCGGAAGAUCCCACGCUCACGCUGUUUUCCAGCCGCUACAGCACACCCACGUUCGACACCAUCAACGUCCAUCCAGUGAUUUCUUCACAGCAGAUCCGACCUCGCCAGAGCACGGUGAUGCCGUCCGUGGAAAUGCCGGAGGCCGUCAACUCGCCCAUCCAGAAAGUGAUUGACUCCAUCACCACCAAUUCUCCCAAGCGGCCGUUUCCUGACGACUUCGACGAUCUCGGCCCUCGCAAGAUGGCUCGUGGCGAGUCGCCUCUCAAAGGAGCCGCCGGCCGCCGGAUGAACCAACAACAGCAGCAACAACAACAACAUCAACAGCAGCGUCAAGCCAUCAACAACAACCCUCCGGCCGGAAUGCCGCCGUUCCCAGUUCCCCCUCCGCUUCCUCCCCAGAUCGCCUUUCUCCUCAGCAUCCUGCCCAGAGCUUCGACGUACAUCGACGCCAGACUCGACGCGACCAAGAUGGUGGAGCUGAUAAGGGACGUCCACCUUCCCCCUCCCGGAGCCGUUGCCGUUGCCCAGCACCAUGUUCCGCCGGCUCCCGUGUCCGCGCCGGGCUGGAACCCGUAUCAGUCUCACCAACAACAACAACCUGUACCGCUGCCGCAACAGGGGUACGGGAUCCCGCCUCCUGGUGUGGGUCAGGGUCAAUAUGGAAGUGGUAAGUCUCUUCUACUGAUCCCUUGA